UAAGCAGGAUGCCAGUGUUUUAGGUAUCUACUGCCUUAGCAGCCGUUAUUCAAAAAGAUGGCGCGUACGAAGCAGACGGCGCGUAAGUCGACGGGCGGGAAGGCGCCCCGCAAGCAGCUGGCCACCAAGGCUGCCCGCAAGAGCGCGCCGGCCACCGGCGGCGUGAAGAAGCCGCACCGCUACCGGCCCGGCACGGUGGCGCUGCGCGAGAUCCGGCGCUACCAGAAGUCGACGGAGCUGCUGAUCCGCAAGCUGCCCUUCCAGCGCCUGGUGCGCGAGAUCGCGCAGGACUUCAAGACCGACCUGCGCUUCCAGAGCUCGGCCGUCAUGGCGCUGCAGGAGGCCAGCGAGGCCUACCUGGUGGGGCUGUUCGAGGACACCAACCUGUGCGCCAUCCACGCCAAGCGCGUCACCAUCAUGCCCAAGGACAUCCAGCUGGCCCGCCGCAUCCGCGGUGAGCGUGCUUAAACCAGUUUAAAAUAUUGCCAUCUAAUAUGAAAAAAUAUUUUAACAAAAAAGGCUCUUUUAAGAGCCA